AUCAGAGCUUGCGUCCGAAAAUUUUCUAAUUGCAUCAGCUAAUCAAUUCAAAGAUGUCGCUCAUUUCAAGUGUUCUUGGUAGUGGCCGCCGAAGCAACAUCUUCGAUCCCUUUUCUCUGGACAUCUGGGAUCCCUUUGAAGGAUUUCCCUUCACCACCCCUCUCGCCAACGUCCCCUCCUCGACUCGCGAGACCUCUGCCUUUACAAACGCACGCAUUGACUGGAAAGAGACUCCUGAAGCUCACGUCUUCAAGGCUGAUCUUCCGGGGUUGAAGAAAGAGGAGGUGAAGGUCGAGGUUGAAGAGGGCAGAGUGCUGCAGAUUAGCGGAGAAAGGAGUAAGGAGCAAGAGGAAAAGAAAGACAAGUGGCAUCGGGUGGAGAGGAGCAGCGGCAAGUUCCUUCGUCGGUUCAGGUUGCCGGAGAAUGCAAAGAUGGAUGAAGUUAAAGCUAGCCUGGAGAAUGGUGUGCUAACCGUGACUGUCCCAAAAGAAGAGGUGAAGAAGGCUGAGGUGAAGGCCAUCCAGAUAUCUGGCUAAAGUCUUUGAAUUUCUUCUAUUGUCAUCUCAAUUGAUCUAGUUUUGGUGUUUUGAGCUGUCAGUGGGUUCAUGGGAUGUUUUAUUGCUGGUAUUUGUGUAUGCAAAUGUUCCUGCCAUAAAUGGAACCCUGAUGUGCGUUUCUUUCGAUAAUAAACCACAGUUCUGGACAGUGAUUUAAAA